AUUGAAACGAGACGAAGCAAAGCAAAUGCCAGCCUUCAAGCUUUUCUUUCUUUCUUCUGUUCGCAGUCUUUCUUUGGGAGAACCUACAAUAACUUAGGCAGUAUAUCCGAAUGCAAGAACGGGGGAGUAUGCGUGAUAAACAAGAAGAACCGUACGGCGUGCAAGGCGUGUCGGCUUCGGAAGUGUCUGAUGGUCGGGAUGUCGAAAUCUGGCUCGCGGUACGGGCGUCGCUCGAACUGGUUCAAGAUCCAUUGCCUUCUCCAAGAGCAGACGAACGGGAACCAGAACGUGACGUCGGGCGCCGCAUCCCCCUUCGGCCCGGGUUUCCUUCCGGGAUUCCUGCCCCAGACACCAGGCCAGCAAGGUAGCGGAAUUUACGGAAAAGACGGAAAGGACCGCGCCUCACCUAGUCAAGAAGAUCUAGCCCUUCAGUCCCACUUGUUGCACGUGGCGAUGUUGAAACAGGAACGCGACAGGGGGAACAAGUCCCCUCACCCGGACGACGUCGCGUUGCAGAAUCAGCUUCGACUGUUGGCCUGGCAGAAAGAGCGGGAGAGAGUGGGCGGCAAUCAACAGCCACCCGGAACGCCACCUAGGGACACGUUAACGCCACCGUUCUACAAGCAGCAACAACCUCAACACCCCUCCAUGUCCCCAAUAUUGCCCAUGAACUUCACGCAGAAGGACGGCGUCCCGACCAGCCCGUCCGACGUGUUCCGGCCGUUUCUGCCUACCUACAAGAGGACAGCCGACACCCCGAGCGACAGCGGGGCGUCGUCCGUGGACGGUGGCGACGGCCAGGACACCGAGUCGAGGAGUAACUCGGCGUUGAGCUACUUCAAGGCGAGCACCUCGUCGCCAACCCUGUCGGAACGCGAGUUCCCGGCCAAGAAGAUCAACGCCACCGUCACGUUGACGACAGGCUUCCAUCCCCAUUCCAGCCUAAGCCUGAUAUAUCCACCGCCGGGUCUGAUCACCCCGGCGGCGUCCCAACUUUCUCCCAGAGGCGGUGAUCUGCUUCUGGUCAGCCCCAGCCCGGGCGGCCUCGCCGUCGAACAGGACGAGCCGAUAGACCUGAGCGUCAGGUCGACACGGACUUCCCCGAAACCGAGCCAAUCGGCGGAGGAGGAGAACAGGUCGAACGACGUGGAGUGCGAUCGUGACAGCCCCGCGAAAGAGGAGACCACGACGAAGAGCAAGCCGUUGGAUCUGACGUUAGGGGUGAAGAGGCCGGCGGAGCUACCUAUGUCGUUGUGAAGGGUGUGACCUUUGGAGACGAAGGUUCUCUCGAAAGGUUCACGAUGGGCUGGUCCCGGAACAUGGCGCACAAUACCGGUGUCGCCGAAUCCUCGAUUUGCAGAUUCGAUUUUCCUGAAAUGAAGUCGAAACGAAGAGGGGGGGGAAGGGGGAAGGGGACGGGCGUGUGAGAAAGAGGAAGAAGAACACGUGCAAAGAAAGAAAAAAAAAAAAAAGGAAGGAGGAGAAGUGGCGCGAGGACGGUGGAAGGAGGACGGAAUCGUGGCAGAAAUCCAUCGCGAAAUAUAAUGUGUUCAAACUUGUACAUACGUAGUUGACAUCGAUCCGACUCGGAAGACGAGAGAAUUAAUUUAUUGCGACCGAAUUACACGUGGAUUGAGAGAUUAUCUUUCAUUAAUUCUUCGCUUCGUUGGACAUUGUAUCGCGUACGCGGAACACGUGAAAGAAGCAGGAAGACUAGGUGAAGUAAGUCCUUGUAUAAAAGUAAAAAGAAAAAAAAAAAAAAACAACCAAUAAAAGUACGCGGAUAUAUCGGCCAGUAGUGGAGUGCCUUAAUAUAAUAUAUUUAUAUUCUUAAAAUAUCGUAUAUUGUAUAUGUAUAUUGUAUACUUGGAAUGGACCGCUUUAGAAUCAUUUUAUUUUUUAUUGUUAAGCACGAUCCUAUGCAUCGUGAAUUGUAGUCAUUCAUCAAUCGUACAGCGAGGUAUCGUGUAAACACGGUAAAGUCACACGUCGAUCAGUGAUCAAAUCACGACGAUAUAGGCCAGUUAAUAAAAUUGUACGAGAGAGAGAGAGAGAGAGAGAGAGAGAGAGAGAGAGAGAG